AUGCCGCCCUACGUACACACUGGCCCAGUCGACUGCUCCCAGGACGCAGAUUGCAGCUCCUUGGCGGGCAAAACCGCCAUCGUCACAGGCGGUGCCAACGGCCUUGGUGAAGCCUAUGUCCGCGCUCUCGUUGCAGCCGGUGUCUACGUCUGUAUCGGUGACAUCGACACACAGAAAGGUCCGAAACUUGAAGCCGAGCUACCAGGCACCAAAUUCAUCCCCUGCUCAACCGGCACCUGGACCGACCAAGUCCGCCUCUUCGAAGCAGCAGUCACCUUCUCCCCAACCAACCGGAUCCACUACGUGGUUGCCAACGCCGGCAUCCACCGCGUAGAUGAAAUCUUCCAGCCAGGACCGGACUCCCUACCCGAACCAGACCUAAGCAUCAUCGACAUCAACAUCAAAGGCCCUCUCUACACAGCCAAACUAGCUAUGCACCACUUCAUCCGCCAGAACGGAACCACACCUACCCCAGAGCAAGAAGAUACCUGCCUGAUUCUCAUCGGCUCAGGCGCGGCGUUCCUCGACGUGCCACGCUCACCGCAGUACUGUGCCAGUAAGUGGGCGAUGCGGGGAAUCAUGCAUUCCCUGCGUCGGACGGCAUAUUACUACGGGUCCCGAGUCAAUGUGAUCAGCCCGUGGUAUGUGCACACCGGGAUUUUGUCCGACGAGGCAUUUGCACACUGUAAGCGGGCCGGCGUGGAGUUUGCCACAGCGGAGGAUGCAGGGCGCUGCCUGCUGAGGAUCCUGGCAGAUGGGAGAGUUAAUGGGCAUUCGUUCUUUGUGACGGCUCGGAAGUGGGCGGAGAAGGGGUUUAUGGAUUUGGACUUGGAGGAUUUUGGGGAUGAUGCGUUGCUGAAGGAGGUGCAGGAGAUGCAGAUUUGCAGUGCCCCGGUGGAGGCAGGGUUGUUUGUGUAG